AUGGAUAUGCUUUACGCCGUGCUCAGGUGUUUCUCGUUGCCGCCGCUGAGAUUGCAUUUGGUCCCCGGGAAGGAAAAUCUUGGCAAGGCCUGGACGAGUCCGCAGCCGAGUCUUCCCCACAUGCAAGCUGCGAAGCGGCUUCAUCUCCUCGUUGAAAGGAAGAACAUCGCUGAAAUCAUACGACUCAACAGACUCAGCAAGAACCAUGAGCCGGCCGUCACUCAAAGCCCGAAACCGGCAGGUUAA